CGCGCGGGGCAUCACGGGCCGCCCGGACGCAGAAGAUGGCGGACGCGGCCGUGGGUAAAGAUAAGUGCGGGGAACAGCGGCUCGUGUCGCUGCCCCUGUCCCGCAUCCGAGUCAUCAUGAAGAGCUCUCCUGAGGUGUCCAGCAUCAACCAGGAGGCGCUGGUGCUCACGGCCAAGGCCACGGAACUCUUUGUUCAGUAUCUAGCCACCUGUUCCUACAGACAUGGCAGUGGCAAAGCCAAGAAAGCAUUGACCUACAGUGACCUAGCCAGCACUGCAGAGGACUCGGAGACCCUUCAGUUCCUUGCAGAUAUAUUACCAAAGAAGAUUUUAGCUAGUAAGUACCUGAAAAUGCUCAAAGAGAAGAGGGAGGAAGAAGAGGAAGAGAAUGACGAGGAAGAAAGCGACAUCAGUGAAGUCCUGGCUUAAGCCAGCAGCUAGUGCUUUCAGUGAGCCGCCAGGUGAGCGAGCUCUGUGACACUCCCAGCUGUGGAGUAGGGGCACAGCAGUGCUGCAGUGCCAGUGUCUCAGACCUACAGCUCACUGCAUCCCCUCCUGCGGUGGACAGGACUGGAGCAGCCUCCCACACAGGCCAGGAGAGCCCUGGGCAGAUGGCACUGCUGUGGCUUUGGGUACAGCAGCACAUACCUCUGAGCUUUGUGUUGAACUUGCAGAAGACCUGGAAAGCUCCAUGUCAGCUGUCUAGUCACAAGGACAUCUUGUUCUCACAAAUGGCUACAUGUGUAGCUCACGUUCAUGUGCUGCCUUUGAAUUUUUGUAUUUUUUAACAAAUGGACUAUGCAUUUUUAUUGUAUAGAAUUUGCUUUUCCUUUUCCAUUAAAGGUCUGUAUAAAGGUCUGUAUGUAUUUCACAGUAAUAUGAUUUAUUGAAGUGGGUUUAGGUUCUGCAUUUUUUCCAAUAAUUUACUAAUAAUUUGUGAAAUUUCAGAGGUAGCAUUUCUGUCUGGUGAUGUGAGCCAGGGUGCAUGCUCUUGGCACCAAUACAAACAGAAGCUGCCCCAUUCCCAGAGGAGAGCCCCAGCUCAUUAGUCACAUGAGUUGAAGAAGCAAUCUUCUGUGUGUUUUAAGCAAGCUGGACACUAGGCAUAGUUCUCAUUUUUCUGUUAUCAUUUAUAUCCAGUAAAACCAUCUUGUGGUCUAUAAAGUU